AUGUCAAGUUUUUCUGGUGUGCUCGGCCCGAAACUUGUCCUUCGAAGCGGUGACUGGGUUUGUUGCUCGGCGCCAGACUGGACGCGUCAGCGACGCGCUGGAAGUUUCGGACGCUGGCUCAGUACACCACGCGGUUCAGAGUCUACCGCCGCCGAAGAAACAGGCGAUGCUCCUUCGAACCCGGAAAAUGGUGGGUCCAGUGCGGACGCGGUGACCCCACCACGACAGGUUCCACCGGUGCUUGCGGUGGAGCAGAUUCGCUACGGCCAGCGGGAGUACCGCAUCAAUAGCGCUGGUCACCUGGAGGUGGCGGAGGUACGCACUCGUCGAGCCUGGGGCCUGAAAGCCGCUGACCGCUUUAGUCGUAUGUUUCUUCCAGACGGUUAUCCGGACUCCGUGGGUCCAGACUACGCUGAAUACACCAAGUGGCGGGGCCGUGCUUUCUUCUUCGGAGGCAUGGUGGGCGUCUUCAGCACCCAGUCUCUUCUACUUGCAGUGGGCGUCGGACGACCAAGCGCUGCCCCCAUCGCUGCAGCCUUGCAAUGGGUCAUUCGGGACGGACUCGGAAGAGCAGGGCGCAUGCUCUUCAGCCAAGUAGGCACCGGCUUCGACGCAGAGACGAAGCAGUACCGGUUGGCUGCCGCAUUCGUCCUGAAUGUGUCCUGUGCGCUGGAGGCACUGACGCCCCUGUUCCCUCAUCUAUUUCUACCGCUGGCGAGCCUUGCCAACAUGGCCAAAGGCGCAAGCACUGUGGCCGCUGCGUCGACGCGGGGUGCUAUUUACCGUUCCUUCAUGCGGCGGGAGAAUCUCGGAGAUAUAACUGCCAAACAGGAGACUGUGGGCGUCGCUGGAGACCUCCUGGGAACCGCCGUCGGCGUCAUUCUCUCGCGAGCAUCCAGCCACUCGCAUCGCCUAUCGGUGAUCGCUUUCAUUGGAGCCUCGCUUGGACAUCUAAUCAGCGCCUAUUACGAGGUUAAAAGCGUAGAACUGCGAACGCUGAAUCGUCAGAGAGCGCACAUGCUCAUUUGGAACUACCUGGAAGACCAGGACCGCGUCUUACCCAUUCGAGACGUGAACCGGAGAGAGCGCCUCGUAUAUCGGCCGUGGCUGGACUCGCUGCAUGCUCCAAACGUCGAGAUCGGUGCACGGCUCUCGGACGCAGCACCGGAUGCUGAUGCGCUGAAAUUUUUGCUCCGACUUUAUCGCGACGAAAAGUACAUGAUGAACUACGCCGGCGGACGCGUCCGAAUCGUUCUGCGGAAUGACGCGACCCAUCAGGAUCAACUCAAAGCCUAUUUCCAGUCGCGGGCCUUUUGGCGGCUGUACAUGACCAGUGGUGAGCGAUUCUCGCCCAACCGCGCCCUUAUCGAGGACAGCUACCGCGCAACAAACCAGCUUUUCCCCAGUUUUGUGCGCGACUGCCGAGCUGAGGGUUGGAACGUCGACUGCGUACUCUUGAGGCCACUUGCCCGCAGAGUGCAGUGGAGCUAA